UGCAAACUACCAUCGCUGCACUUCCGCAGAAUGAUGGCUGCUUCCAUUACCUCAUUCAGCUCUUUGGCACGACUUCGUCCACCAAAUGCGUCAAUAUCAACAAGACUUGCCAUCCCACCACCUUGCACUAAGACGCGCCUACUCAAACGGAACAUAAUGAGGAUUCCAGAAGGUCUACGAUUUUCCAAUACCCGCAGGCUCCAUUUGCUAAAGGUGACAGCCACAGGGGGUGCUUCCGACCCGAGCACCACAACAGAACCACCCGGUCCCGCUGGUAUGGCAAAACGGCUCUACGUGUGCAUUAAUGGGAAGAACAUGAAGGGGAUGGACGAGAUCAUAUCAGAAGACUGUCGUAUUGAGGACUUCUCCUUCUACGAACCUUUCGAAGGAAAGAAGGAGGUCAUGAAAUUCUUUAAACAACUAGCUACAAGCAUGGGCAAAACUGUUAGGUUUAAGAUCAGAAACAUCGAGGAGGACGGGGCUACUGCAUGGGUGAAUUGGCAUCUAGAAUGGAAAGAGACACCGAUUCCUUUUACAAGGGGCUGCAGCUUCUACGAAUUCUCUAGAGAAGGUGAAGGACAAGGACUCACAGUAAGGAAGGCUCAAGUAAUUACCGAGUCACCUAUCAAACCAGGAGGCCUAGGACUGAUACUAUUAAAGAUAGUGACAUCACUGUUCGAUAAGUUCCCAAAAGCUGCUGAAUGGUUCCUAAGGAGUCCUCAUGUCAUCAUCCGAUGGGCACGGCACACAUACUCAUUGCUACUAGCACCUUUCAUAAAUCCGCUCCUCGAAAGCUACAUGAACUUCUGGAGAUUCACAGCCCAGAUACUCUUCUAUACAAUCGGCAUUCUUAUUUACAUUUUAAAGGUUUUCUUCAACUAGAAGAACAGCAAGUUCACGGGAGCAGAGUCAGAUCACCUGUCAAUCCUCAUUUCCAU